UUCCCAGCCGUAUAAAAGCCUGUGCUGGAGCCCGUUUCGUCUAUCUUGUUCCUGUAUUUCAGCCCGUGUUCUCACUCCUGAAGCAGAAUGGCCCGCACCAAGCAGACAGCGCGCAAAUCGACUGGCGGAAAAGCUCCUCGCAAACAGUUGGCGACCAAAGCGGCGCGGAAGAGCGCUCCCGCCACCGGCGGAGUGAAGAAGCCUCAUCGCUACCGGCCCGGCACCGUGUCUCUGAGGGAGAUCCGGCGCUACCAGAAAUCCACCGAGCUGCUCAUCCGCAAACUUCCCUUCCAGCGCCUGGUCCGGGAGAUCGCUCAGGACUUCAAAACCGAUCUGCGUUUCCAGAGCUCGGCCGUCAUGGCCCUGCAGGAGGCAAGUGAGGCUUACCUGGUCGGUCUCUUUGAGGACACUAACCUGUGCGCCAUCCACGCCAAGCGAGUCACCAUUAUGCCCAAGGACAUCCAGUUGGCCCGCCGCAUCCGCGGGGAGCGCGCCUAAGCCCAGCCUACACACCGAACACCAGAAAAGGCUCUUUUAAGAGCCACUACCACGGCAAAGGAAAGGGCUGCAGCUUGCUGAUCAUUAUUGUAGUAGCGACCUGUCCUGCCGAUCGAUUUUGCACUAAUUGACCCCGAACAUCAGUUCUGUGCAGACUAGGUAAUUCAGCGAGGGAUACAAAAUAAUAGACAGUAGGUGCAGGAGUAGGCCAUUCGGCCAUUCUAGACAGCGCCGCCAUUCACUGAGAUCAUGGUUGAUCAUAUACAAUCAGUACCCGGUUCCCGCCCUCUCCCCAUAUCCCUUGACUCCGCUGUCUAUAAGAGCAAUCUCUAACACUCUUGAAUGCAUCCAGAGAUUAACGCGCUUCCCUCCCUGUCAGGGUCUCAUCUGGCCCUUCACUUCUCCCACAAACCUGUCAUGUACAGCUGGUGCGGCUGUUACCGUUUUGUUUGGUUUGGACAUGGGGAUACGUUCGUACCCGCUGUGCUUGGAGUGGAGCAUGCCGACGCGAGGGGUACAGUGGGGGUUUUCAGGGGGCGGUGACUACCAGGAAAUAGUGAUUUUUUUAAAUUAGAUUUCACUAUCUUGUACAUUGUUGAUAUUGGAGUUUUGUGUAAAUUAACAAUGUAGUUUUGUAGCUUGGGCCUGCAUGAAGGUCAGUCGACAAUGCCACCGGGUAUUUUAUCAUACAUCCUCCCGCUGCAGUCCGUCCCAGA